ACCUGUUUCCGCUUGCUUCGACAUGAGCUCCGGCGGCCGUCUUCUAGGAGCGCUCGAGCGCGGGCUCCGGGGUGCCGAGGCUCGGAGGCCGCGUCUCCUCUCGGCAGCUUAUUCAGGGAACCAGUUCAGUAGGAUCCUACAAAUUAAGCCAUGGAAUUUUGGUGAAUAUAGGAACCUACGGUUCAAAUCAUAUGGAAUGACUUUACCCUACUUAAAUAGAAUGAAAAAUUACAGGUUUCUUUGGACAAGAUUGUACAGUACUUCUCAAACCACUGUGGACAGUAAUGAAGUAAAGACAUUCUUGAGUCUGGCACACAAAUGGUGGGAUGAACAAGGAAUAUAUAAACCUCUUCAUUCUAUGAACGAUCUGAGAGUGCCAUUUAUUAGAGAUAACCUUUUAAAAAGAAUUGUUAAUCAUCAGCCAGGAACACCAUUAUCUGGACUGAAGAUUCUUGACGUUGGCUGUGGUGGCGGAUUGUUAACAGAACCUCUUGCACGACUUGGGGCAUUCGUUACUGGAAUUGAUCCUGUGGAUGAGAACAUUAAAAUGGCGGAGCACCAUAAAUCAUUUGACCCAGUCCUGGAUAAGAGGGUAGAGUACAGAGCAUGUGCCCUGGAAGACAUUGUGGAAGAUGCUGCAGAGACAUUUGAUGCUGUAAUUGCUUCUGAAGUUGUAGAACAUGUGAUCAAUCUAGAAAAAUUUGUACAGUGCUGCUGUCAAGUGUUAAAACCUGGUGGUUCUUUAUUUAUUACUACAGUCAACAGAACUCAGCUGUCCUAUGCCUUGGGGAUUGUGUUUGCAGAGCAAAUUGCAGGUAUUGUAGCAAGAGGUACUCAUUCCUGGGAGAAGUUUGUUUCACCUGAACAACUAGAAAGCAUUGUAGAAUCAAAUGGUCUGUCAGUUCAGACAGUGGCAGGCAUGGUGUACAACCCUUUCUCAGGCCACUGGCAUUGGACUGAAAAUACCAGUCUUAAUUAUGCAGCUCAUGCUGUGAAAUCUGAAGAUCAGAAAAAAAAAAACACCUGAUGAACUUGUUUUAAAAGAAGAAACAGAAUAAUUCCAAGCUGAAAUCUCCACCAACUAAAUGUAUAUCAUGAGCUGAGGAGGUGAAUUGUUUUGGAAGUUGGAGAUAUGACUCAGAGACGAAGUUUUAUUCCUGUCACUACAUGGCUCAUUUGCACUACCAGAUGUAAAAAAUUUUAGCCUUAUGUAAAGAACACACUUCAUCUCAUAGAUUAUGCUCAGAUUUUUCCCACAUGCAUAUGCACAUAUGCUAAUAUAUUUGAAAGAAUUGA